AUGGCCUACCAAUCCCCCUCCGCCUCAAACCCCUCCCUCACAACCUCCGCCUACAUGGUCCCCGACCCCUCCACCGCCGACCCCAACGCGGCCUACUCCUCCGACGAAGACGAGAUCGCCUCCCUGCCGUCCGAAUCCACCACGUCCUCCGAGCUCGAAACCCUCUCCGACGAUUACUCCGACGCCGAGGAGGAGUGGCGCGAGAGUAUUGAGCAGCUGGAGCUGUUGCUGUCGAUGGUUAUCGUGCCGUUUGUGGGCAAGUUUUUGGGCCGCAAGUGUGCUUAUUGGGGCUGGACGCGCUUCAUGGAAUGGAAAUACCCCGUCGAAAUCAUCGUCAAGAACCAAGCUGCCUUCAAGGGUGCAGGAGUCGUUGGUGCCCUCGCGUCGCUGUGA